AGUGAAGCUUCAAAAACGAAAACAGUCUACAGCAGAGUGGGAGGAUAACAGCUGUUAUUUUGGGUUUUGUUUUGUUUUUCUAAGAAACGGAAGUCAAAAAAUAGGUUGGAAGCAUAAAGUAAAGGGAUAAUCCAGGUCAAAAUGAGCUCCGAGGUCUUCUCGUAUGAGAGUUUGGUUCAUGCUGUGUCUGGAGCAGUGGGAAGUGUGACUGCAAUGACAGUAUUCUUUCCUCUUGAUACUGCCAGACUACGGCUUCAAGUGGACGAAAAUAGGAAGGCCAAAUCAACUCCAGCCAUUCUGGCAGAAAUUGUGAAAGAGGAAGGACUUCUAGCUCCUUACAGAGGUUGGUUCCCGGUCAUCUGCAGUCUGUGCUGCUCCAACUUUGUGUACUUCUACUGCUUCCACAGCCUGAAGGCGAGCUGGCAGAAGGGAAAGCAGUCAACAGCCGGCAAUGACUUAAUCAUAGGCAUUGCUGCAGGUGUUGUAAACGUACUAGUUACCACUCCUUUGUGGGUGGUCAACACCAGACUGAAGCUUCAGGGUUCCAAGUUUCACAGUGCAGACAUCCGGCCCACCAACUACUCCGGAAUUCUGGAUGCAUUUGUGCAGAUCAUUCGUGGCGAGGGUGUGGGAGCUCUGUGGAACGGCACCUUCCCUUCCCUGCUGCUGGUGCUCAACCCUGCCAUCCAGUUCAUGAUUUAUGAGGGGCUGAAGAGGCAGCUCAGGAGGGGAGUUCCCAGGGAGCUGUCAUCUGUUGAGGUCUUUAUCAUCGGUGCUGUGGCCAAAGCUGUGGCCACUACUGUUACAUACCCACUACAGACUAUACAGUCCAUUCUUAGGUUUGGUCAGUUCAACGAAUCAACACAUGAAUCAAAACUACUGUCCAGUCUAAGGACUAUCAAGUGUCUACUGGUAAACAGAGCCAGGAAGUAUGGCAUGUUGGGUCUGUUUAAAGGCCUGGAGGCCAAGCUUCUGCAGACGGUGCUGACUGCUGCACUCAUGUUCCUGCUUUAUGAGAAGAUUGCCAGCUGCACCUUCAGAGUCAUGGGACUGAGCAACAACCACUACAAGAAACGCUAGCUAGCAAGACACCUUAUAACCAUGGGCACUUGACCACAUUUAAGCACUAAUGAACUCUAUAAAUCACUGCUUGCAGACUCCGUGAUGGGAAUGUCCUGGAAAUCUGACACUUGACACUGGAAGCACAAAGGUUAUCAUGGUCCAGCUAAGCACCCUCCUGUCUGUCUGGGUUCUGGCUCCUGAUGUUCUGAAAAGACAUUACAUGAUGCACAGACUGAGUGCUUCAUUUCAGCCUCACUUUACUAUACUAUAGAAAUAAAUGGCAGUGUACCGACAGUAGAGUCAGCAAAAGGAUGACCAGUCUGACAAUAAAAAGUGUUAGGGGUCCUGAAAGAGAUUCACAGUCAUCACACCUGAUUAUACAACAUCAUGAGGACAACCGUUGCCAUCAAACCUAAACUUUAGAGGAUGUAUAUGUCACUUUCACAUGUAGCCAUUUGAUUGUGUCAGAAAUAAAUUGAAACUUUGAUUUUC